GCAGAGGAUGUGGAUCUAGCCGCGACAGCUCCUCGCGCAGGGAGCGGAGGACAGGGGAGAGCGGUUGCACGCCCCCCGCCCCCGCUCCGGCGAGGGUACAACCCCUGGAGUCACCAGACUUUGGCCCUGCUCUUCCCAUCAGGGACACACGCAGGAGACAGGCAGGAGUGCAGGCUGGUGUAUGCAGAAUCUGACCAGAUGAGUUUUUAAUGAGCCCAAGAAAGGCUUCCAACUCUCGCCUUCCUCCUCUGAAUGUUCACACUCCACCCCUUUGAGCUUCAGUUUCUAAUUUCCCCCAGGGACUGACAGAAACCUCCUCAGGGUGUGAAAAAGGUGGCGGCUACUCCAGGAAACAUGGCCAAGUUUGCCCUGAAUCAGAACCUGCCGGACCUGGGUGGCCCUCGCCUGUGCCCCAGCGCGACUGGGGGCGCCCGCAGCCCGAGCUCGCCCUACUCGGUGGAGACCCCCUACGGCUUCCACCUGGACUUGGACUUCCUCAAGUAUGUGGAGGAGCUGGAGCGCGGCCCCGCUGCCCGCCGCGCUGCGGGGCCCCCGCCCGGGCGCCGUCCCCGCGCGCCCCGGGCCGGCCUCUCAGGCGCGCGCAGCCCAGGCGCCUGGACCUCCAGCGAGUCCCUGGCUAGUGACGAUGGCGCAGCGCCGGGCGCACUCUCCCCGGGUGCGCCGUCCGCGCUGAUGCUGCCGCCGCUGUCCCCGCGCGCACCCGUGCGCAACCCACGCGUCGAGCGCACGCUCCUGGAGACCAGCCGGCGGUUGGAGCUAGCGCAGGCGCAAGGGGGCGCGCCCAUUCCGGCCCGCGCGGCCCCUCGCAGCCCUCGCGGGUCUGGCCACAGCAGCCCCGCCCCCAACCCGGCCCUGGCCUCGCCUGGCCCCGCGCAACUGCAGCUGGUGCGCGAACAGAUGGCCGCGGCGCUGCGGCGCCUGCGCGAGCUCGAGGAACAAGCGCGCGCGUUGCCCGAGCUGCAGGAGCAGGUGCGCGCGCUGCGCGCCGAGAAGGCGCGGUUGCUGGCUGCGCGCCGGCAGCCGGAGUCCGACGGGGAGGCCGAGGCGCGCCCGGACAAGCUUGCUCAGCUGCGGCGGCUCACCGAGCGUCUGGCCACCUCUGAGCGCGGCGUUCGCGCCAGGGCCAGCCCCGGGGCUGACGGCCCAGACGGGUCGGCUUCUAGCCACAGCGAAGGUGCGCCGCCGGGUCUCGACCGGGCGCCCCAGACAAGGGAGGCAGGCACCCAGAUCGUGCCGGAGACCCAAAAGGCGGGAGUCCAGGCGGUGCCGGAGACCCAGGAGGCCGGCGUGGGGGCAGCUCCUGAGACCCUCGAGGCGGAGGCGUGGGUGACGGAAGCUCUGCUGGGGCUGCCCGCGGCCGCCGAGCGCGAGCUGGAGCUGCUUCGCGCCAGCCUGGAGCAUCAGCGCGGGGUGAGCGAGCUCCUGAGGGGCCGGCUGUGCGAGCUGGAGGAAGCCCGCGAGGCUGCUGAGGAGGCCAAGGCCGAGGCCGCGGCGUCCCGGCCCCAGCCGUGCGAGGCUACCACCCAGACCCCGUGGGAUUAUGUGGAGAAGACCACUCAGACCGAUGUUCCAGUGGAGGCCCCAGCCCCGAUGCCGGAGAACCCCCCCGGAUCCACGGAUGGGGACAGGGCCGUGGCACCCACGGGCACUCUCAAAUCCAUCAUGAAGAGGAAAGAUGGUACCCCUGGUGGCCAAACCAGCCCCGGACCAAAGAGCCUGCAGUUUGUUGGGGUCCUCAAUGGAGAGUAUGAGAGCUCGUCCAGCGAGGGCGACAGCGAGGAUGGCGCUGCCGAGCCCCCGAGGAGCAGUUCCUCGGGCUCAGGCGACGACAGCGGCGCGGCAUCCGACUCCGAGACCCCUGGCGCUCCCAGCUGCAAGGAGGACCGGGACGCCGAGCCGGAGGCAGAGCAGGAACCUCAGCCGGGUGUGCACGGGAGGUGCGAACUGAGCCCGCGUUUGAGGGAGGCGUGUGCAGCGCUGCAGCGGCAGCUGAGCCGGCCCCGCGGGGUCCCCCGCGACAGUGGCGCGGUGCGCCUGGUGGCCCAGGAGUGGUUUCGGGUGUCGAGCCAACGGCGCUCUCAAGCGGAGGCUGUGGCCGGGGUCCUGGGCGCGGUGGCGCGCCUGGGUCGGGAGCUGCUGGAGCACGUGGUGAACCUGGCGGAUGGCAACGGAAACACAGCCCUACACUACAGCGUGUCCCAUGGGAACCUGGCCAUCGCGAGCUUGCUGCUGGAUACGGGGGUCUGCAAGAUUGACCACCAGAAUAGAGCUGGCUACUCUGCCCUCAUGUUGGCGGCACUCACUUCUGUGGGGCAAGAGGAGGACAUGGCUGUGGUCCAGAGACUCUUUCACAUGGGCAACGUUAAUGCCAAGGCCAGCCAGACGGGACAGACAGCCCUCAUGCUGGCCAUCAGCCACGGCCGCCAGGACAUGGUAGCUGCCCUGCUGGCAUGCGGGGCAGACGUGAACGUGCAAGAUGCAGACGGGGCCACGGCGCUGAUGUGCGCCAGCGAGUAUGGGCGCUUAGACACUGUGCGGUUGCUGCUGGCCCAGCCAGGCUGCGACCCUGCCCUCCUGGACAACGAGGGCACCAGCGCCCUGGCCAUUGCCCUGGAGGCUGAGCAGGACGAGGUGGCCGCUCUGCUGCACGCCCACCUGAGCUCAGGCCAGCCUGGCCCGCAGCUAUCCCCUGAUUCAUCCACGGCCACGCCUGGUGAAGGAGGCUGCAGUGACAGUGGAGAGGACCCCCUGCCCCAGUGACUGGCCUAACACACUGGACCCAGACUGGGGGUGGGGGAGGCAGAGGCAGGUCCUGAUCUCUGGGCAGAGGUCUGUGGCCAGAGGCUCAGCUUGAACGGCACAGGGUGAGGAGGCAGCUGAGGGAGUGAGACAGCCCCUAGUCUACCCAUUCCUCCAGCCUUCUUACCUAAUAAAACCUUCCUAACUCA